CUUGUACUUGUACCUUGGCGAACUCUAUUUUCUUGAAUUUUUAAACUUCGUUUCAUUUUUUUUCUUCGAAAACAAAGCAUGGCUAAUUUUAAGCUCAACCUAUUUCGAUCUGUCUACAUCUUUUUCGAGUUAAUGGAGAUAGUUGUAGUAAUUGGCAAACCACAAGUCCCGUGUUACUUCAUAUUCGGAGACUCGUUGUUCGAUAGCGGAAACAACAACGAACUCGUCACCACAGCUAGGUCCAAUUACCUACCUUAUGGAACUGAUUUCCCUCAAGGUGUCACAGGCAGAUUCACCAAUGGUCGAACCAUAGCAGACCUUAUAGGAGAACUUCUGGGUUUCGAUGAAUAUAUUCCAACAUAUGCCACUGUAACUGAUCAACAUAUCAGUCAAGGAGUAAACUACGCUAGUGGUGGAUCUGGCAUUCGAGAGGAAACUGGAAGUCAUCUGGGAGGUCGAAUAAGCUUAGACAGACAACUACUUAAUCAUUAUUCGAUAGUUUCAAGGCUUUUUCACCUGCAAAGAAACAUAACAUUCACAAGAGAUUACCUAAGCAAGUGCAUUUACAUUGUAAAUAUAGGAAGCAAUGAUUACAUCAAUAACUACUUCAAACCAGAUAUUUAUGCCACAAGUCAUAUGUAUACGACAAACCGAUAUGCACGACGCCUCGUACAGCAAUACUCUCGACAACUAAAGUGCUUGUACAACUUGGGAGGUAGAAAGAUUGCUAUUUUUGGUCUUGGUUUGAUAGGUUGCACUCCCGCAGAGAUAUCUACCUUUGGCACAGAAGGAAGACCGUGUGUUAAGUUCAUCAAUGACGCAGUUAAACUCUUUAAUAACAAGCUUAAGCCUAUUCUUGAUGACCUAAAUGCUUAUAACCCGGAUGCAAAGUUUACAUUCAUCAACGUUACCAGCAUUUCAUUACAACAAGGUACGGUGUUAACAAACGUUCCAAGUUGUAUAUUGAGGUCAGAUGGACAAUGUGUACAAACUACACUUAUUAGCCUAGUUCGGUCGAUGUCUAUGUUUUAUGACGGUUACCAUCCCACAGAAGUUUCAAACAUUCACACCGCACGACUAUCAUAUAUUGCGAUCUCACGCAUGGAUGCUUCUCCAUACGAUAUUAGUCAUUUGGUUCAACUUUAGUGAUUUAAGAAGACUCAAGUGGCUUCCGAUUCUAGUAAAACAUUUGUAACUAAAAGAAUAUUUUGAAGAUAGAAAAGUGUUAUUACAUUCUUUAUGGACGUCAAACGAUUUACAAUUAA